UCACAGAACGGUCUUUGGGGUUACUCCAGUCUAUGGUUUAAAAGGACACGCGAAUUGAUGUUGCGGGAGUUGUAGUUUCAAAAGAAAUUUACCAUUCCGCCGGUCAUGUUGUACUGUGGCUAGGAACGAUUCGAGAGAUGGCAGAGGGGGACAAAGGGGAGGAUGUUGUCUCGGAGUUCCUGCGUCAGAACCCGCACCUUGCGCAGUGGGUGGAGUCGCUAAGGGGUCACUGUGAGACCAAUAAACAGUGGGAUGCCAGACGAGAGUUCAUCCUGCGCAAUAUGGAGGCCUUCCCCACCAUACACCCAGACCAGCCGAGCUCCAGUCUGGACAGACUGCUGUCUCUCUCCAUGGUCUGGGCUAACCACGUCUUUCUGGGCUGCCGAUAUCCCCAGUCUGUAAUGGAGAAGGUUAUGGAGAUGGCAGAAGGGGUGGUUGUUCACGAGGCUCCUGUCCGAAAAACGAGGGAUGAGAUCAUGGGUAAAGGAAAGAGGAGUGUCUCAUCAGACCGGGAGGCUGACGGCUCUCAGAAGAGGCUGAAGGCGGGAGGCAGCGAGGUAGACUGCCGCGGUGGGGGAAGGGCCUGGGGACGCAAACCGGGGCCCCCUCCCCAGGCCGCCUCCGAGCACCAGCCCUUCUUCAACCGGCUGUACAAGACCGUGGCCUGGAAGCUGGUGUCCGCCGGCGGCUUCGGCCCCAACCUGGACCACUUCGAGAUCCUGCGGGCCUGCGCGGAGGGGGCCAAGGCCAGCCUGAGCUGCACGUUCGUGCCCCUGCGGGACAUCCCCGACCUGCCGGCCAGCCGCAGCCAGAGGGACGGCCAGGUGUGCGAGCUGCGCUGCCUCACCGUGUACCUGGGCACGGGCUACGGCCGGGACGAGGACGCCGCCCGAGCCAUGGCCUCCAAAGAGGCCCUCAAGGUCUUCCAGGGCCGCAAGGUGACCGUGCGCCUCUGCCGCCGGCGCUUCCAGGGGCAGGACGUGGAGGACCUGGUUCUCCUGGACGAGCAGUCCCGGUGUUCUGGCCUCCCCCCCGCACUCAGCUACCCCUUCCAGCCAGAGCCCUCCACGUCUGUGUCCUAGCCCAGCCCUGCAAUACCCCGAUACAGCCUGUAGAGGACUUACCUCAUUUUGCGAGGCAGAGAUCAGGCAUAGCUACAGGCAGCCAAGAGAGUGCUAUUGGCUGCUGAAAACAAUGACUGACUCCUAUUGGCUGCUCAAUACAGUGAUUUAACUGUAUCCCGAGAAAUGGUGAUGGUUUGCAUUCAGGGAUUUUCUGGCACAAAGAGUAGUUGGCUAUUACUAGAUUGUAUUAAAAUUCAGCUUGAAAGGAUGAAAAUGAGCUGUUUGGGGAAGAGCUUUCCUCUACAGUAACCUCAGCAGGUAUUCAUGCAGCUGACCAAAUAUUUGAAGGACCGAUAGUUCAUUAAUUUCCGCUGUACUCGGCUGGGCAGGUGAGAUAAAGCAGUUUGUCACAUCUGUAUGAUUGCUCUGCAUUACUCUGAACAUUCUCAUUUGUAAGUGUGUUGCGUAUUUCUUCUGACCAGUACAGUUUGAAUGAUGUAGUCCAUAAGUACAUAUACACCAUGAUAAAUCCUGAAAACUUUGCUAAGACAGUUGUAUGAUAUUGGUUAUGAAAGCAGGGGUCUAUGGUUAUUGUUAAAUGGAGUGUGUGGGCAUUAGUGUGAAAGCUGGAGGGAUCAGAUCUUAACACAAAAGGGCAACAAGUCAGUACAUACAACAAUAGGCACUUGCCACAACUUUCACAAUGCAUUUAUAGAAUGUUACAAAAUGUUUUUUUUGUUCCUUAUGAUGUCUAUGAAGUUGGUGUGGAAUAAGGUUUGUAUAAGAAAUUAUAAAAGUAUUUUUCAAAGGGAGAUACUAAUCUCAAGGGGAAAGUACUGACAGAUCUCUCUAGACUGUCUUCCUAAUGUUAGAAAGCGCACUCUGAUAACAUUGUUCGCUGCUGUGCUAUACGCCGUGUUCUGUUUUCCGAUUAUAAUUUUUCACACUUAAUUUAAUACCCCUGCUUUGUGGUGUUGUAUACAUAAAAUGGGUUCAAUUAUGUUUUGAUUUGGUUUGAAGCUAAAAUGAGGGGAAAGAUGGUGUAGUUCAGAGAAAUGUAAGAAGCGCACGUAUUGAGGUGUAUGCAAGAGGCUUAACCCUUACCACUGUGCAUAGGUUGCUCCUUUACCCUAUGCCCGUGCGUGUGUGUUUGUGCAUUGCUCCUCUGUGCAAUCCCUGUGCUCUGCGUUUUCCACACUUCAGGUGCUCAGCGGUUUUUUUGCAGGUAGUGUCAUUGCUCAGAGCAGGGCUCAAGCAGAGAGUCACAUUGGCUGUAAACCUGCUGUAGAUUUCCCCCCUGCUCUGUAUCCCAUGUUCAAUCUGCCGCUGUGUGUUAAACCAUAUCGCUGCACAGUACUGUACACUGCACAUAUUUCUCCUGUUUCUAUAUUUUGUAAAUAAACUGUUUAAAAGAU